AUGGAGACUGAUCAGAUUGAGGAGAUGGACGUCGAAGUCUUGUCUUCCAUGUGGCCAGAAGACGUCGGAACCGAAGCAGACAAACAGUUCAACGUCGAGAAAUCCGCCGGAGACUCAGACAUGUUGAAAGAGGUUGAUCUCUCCGAGAAACGUACCAUGGCGGAUUUAACACGCUUACCGGAGCUAAUGGACACGACUCAGCACGGCACUUCUCAGCUAACAAACCUCGUGAAGCAGUGGGAGUAUAUGCAAGACAACGCCGUUAGGUUACUAAGAGAAGAGCUCAAGAUUCUCACUAGACAGAGAGAAGAAGCCGAGGCUAAAGAGCUAAAGAUCAUAGAGGAGCAUAACUUCGAGACAGAAGAGCCUGAGAACGUUCCGGUUUUGGAUGAGACGAGUGAUCUGUUUCGCAGGUUUAGGCAGAAGAAACGAGACGCGUUGGUUGAUAGCAAGAAGAUUGAGAUCGAUGAGGAGUUUGACACGGUUGCGUAUUGGAAGCAGAAGGCGUUGAGCUUGGAGAAAAUGUUGGAGGCGAGUACUGAGAGAGAGAGGAGAUUGAUUGAGAAGUUGAACGAGAGUUUGAAAGCUAUGGAGUCUCACUCGGCGCCGGUGGAAGAACUGACUCGGAAUCUUAAAAGAGCUGAAGGCUUCUUGCAUUUCAUUCUUCAGAAUGCUCCCAUUGUUAUGGGACAUCAGGAUAAAGAUUUACGCUACUUGUUCAUCUACAACAAGUUUCCUAGUUUGCGAGAACAGGACAUAUUGGGGAAGACAGACGUUGAGAUAUUCCAUGGAGGUGGAGUGAAAGAGUCUGAAGAUUUCAAGAGAGAGGUUCUUGAGAAAGGAAAAGCUUCAAAGAGAGAGAUCACAUUCGAGACAGAGUUGUUCGGGUCAAAGACGUUUUUGAUAUACGUUGAGCCUGUUUACAACAAAGCUAAAGAGACGAUCGGUAUCAAUUACAUGGGAAUGGAAGUAACUGAUCAGGUGAGGAAGAGGGAGAAAAUGGCGAAGCUUAGAGAAGACAACGCAGUGAGAAAGGCGAUGGAAUCAGAGCUCAACAAGACCAUCCACAUUACAGAGGAGACAAUGAGAGCGAAGCAAAUGCUAGCAACUAUGUCUCAUGAGAUAAGAUCACCAUUGUCAGGAGUAGUGGGGAUGGCUGAGAUACUUUCCACUACAAAACUGGAUAAAGAGCAAAGACAGUUGCUGAAUGUCAUGAUCUCUUCUGGUGAUUUGGUGCUUCAGCUAAUUAAUGAUAUUCUUGAUCUCUCCAAGGUUGAAUCAGGUGUGAUGAAACUAGAAGCUACAAAGUUUCGGCCAAGAGAGGUGGUGAAGCACGUGCUUCAGACGGCUGCUGCAUCACUGAAGAAAGAUUUGACAUUAGAAGGAACCAUUACAGAUGAUGUUCCUAUUGAGGUGGUUGGAGAUGUUCUAAGGAUUCGGCAGAUUCUCACCAACUUGAUCAGCAAUGCUAUCAAAUUUACACAUCAAGGAAAGGUGGGGAUCAGACUCCAAGUGAUAUCAGAACCAUCCUUUGCGAGUGAAAACGCACUGGAUCCAGACGCUCAAGAACAAAACGGUCUGACCGAAACUUCGGUUUGGAUUUGCUGUGAUGUUUAUGACACUGGAAUUGGAAUUCCAGAAAACGCACUUCCUUGUUUGUUCAAGAAGUACAUGCAAGCAAGCGCUGAUCAUGCCCGCAAAUACGGUGGGACUGGUCUCGGUCUUGCCAUUUGUAAACAGCUGGUUGAGUUAAUGGGAGGUCGACUAACCGUGACAAGCCAGGUCAACGAGGGUUCAACAUUCACAUUCAUAUUACCCUACAAAGUUGCAACAUCAGAUGAUCAUUCGGAUGAUCAAGACGAGUUCUCUGAUAUGGUUGACCAUCAUCACGAACCAGACGACACAACCGAAGGAUACUUUCAGUUUAAGCCGCUUCUAGGAUCUAUAUACUCUAAUGGCGGACCGGUCAUCGGCAAUAACUUCUUACCUCAUAAAGUUAUGCUCACUAGUCCUCUUAAGCUCAUCAACGGUUUUGUCGCCGAUCCUUGUAACGACACUGGACAAUGCGAGACGGGUCAGGUUGAAAACGGUGGUUACAUAGAUGAAACUCGACUCAAAACUAGUUCUGGUCACUGUAUUGAAUCAAAUGGCCAAUAUGAGAAUGGGAAUGGUCGAUGUCUCUCUAAGGAAUCCGAAUCUUGUAGCAGUUCACAAGCUAGCUCAGAAGGUGGAACCUUAGAAAUGGAGUCGGAGCUUACAGUUUCAUCUCAUAGAGAAGAGGAAAAAGCAGAGACGGAUCUCAAAGAGACAUCAAAGCCAAAGAUUUUGCUUGUGGAAGAUAAUAAAAUCAAUAUCAUGGUUGCUAAGUCGAUGAUGAAGCAAUUAGGCUAUACCAUAGAUAUUGCUAAUAACGGAGUUGAAGCCAUAAACGCAGUGGAAGGCUCUAGCUACGAUUUGGUACUCAUGGAUGUGUGCAUGCCGGUUAUGGAUGGUCUAAAAGCUACAAGACUGAUCCGGUCUUAUGAAGAAACUGGGAAUUGGGAUGCUGCAAUAGAAGCCGGAAUCGAUAUAAAGACAUUGGAAGAUGAACAAGCUUGUGUUCAUUCUACAAAACGGCUACCUAUAAUCGCGAUGACGGCAAAUACGUUAGCAGAGAGCUCAGAAGAAUGUUAUGCAAAUGGAAUGGACUCUUUUAUAUCGAAACCUGUAACGUUGCAAAAACUGAAAGAGUGUCUGCAACAGUAUUUGCAUUGA